UCUUUCUCUUUAUACAUACACACAAUGUCCAACUCAACUGAAAGAAAACCUGUUAGAGUGUGGGUCGAUGGAUGCUUUGACAUGAUGCACUAUGGUCACGCUAACGCUUUACGACAGGCUAAAGCCAUGGGUGACAUUCUUGUUGUUGGUGUGCAUUCCGACGCCGAGAUUGAAAAGAACAAGGGCCCUACUGUCAUGAACGAACAAGAAAGAUAUGCGGCUGUAGCAGCCUGUAAAUGGGUAGACGAAGUAGUCCCUGACGCACCAUACAACACCACAGUCGAAUGUUUAGAAGAACAUAAUAUUGACUUCUGUGUGCACGGUGAUGAUAUCACCACCAUGGCUGACGGUACGGAUUGUUAUCAAGCAGUGAAAGACGCCGGACUUUACAAGGAGUGUAAACGUACUGUGGGUGUAUCCACUACAGAACUCGUGGGUCGUAUGCUUCUCAUGACGCGUGAUCAUCAUAAACGUACAGCAGCAGCCUCUGCCAUCACUUCAUUCGAUACCAGUGAAUUAACUCCUUUCAGCACAGAUGGUACUACCAAGGCCACUGUCUCGCAUUUCUUGCCUACCUCGAGAAGAAUUGUUCAGUUCUCAGAGGGUCGUGAACCUAAACCUUCAGAUAAAGUUGUGUAUGUGGAUGGUACCUUUGAUUUGUUUCAUGUCGGUCAUAUCGAGUUUUUGAAACGUGCUAAAGCCUUGGGUGAUUUCUUAAUUGUCGGUGUACACGAUGAUCAAACUGUCAAUGCCAUCAAGGGAUCCAACUAUCCCUUGAUGAAUUUGCAUGAACGUGCACUCAGUGUCUUGGCCUGCAGAUAUGUGGAUGAGGUAGUGAUUGGUGCUCCUUAUAGUGUCACUGAAGAACUCUUGAGUGGAGAAUACAAGGUAGCCGUGGUUGCCCAUGGUAACAGUCAUUUAGAAAAGGAUCAGGAUGGUAAAGACCCUUAUGCUUUGCCCAAGAAAUUGGGUAUCUAUACCGAGAUUGAUACGCCCAAUUCUACCAUCACCACAGAAGGUAUUAUCAAUCGUAUCAUCGAAAACCGUAAAACAUUCGAGGAAAGACAAAAGAGAAAAACUCAAAAAGCUGCUUUAGAACGUCAAAAAGAAUUAGAGGAAAAGGCACUUAAUUAAAACAAUACCAAGUUCUUUUUUUUUUUCAAAGAAAAAAUAAAAAACUAGAAAGAUAUCACUUUUAUCAGAUUCA